GCUGACCGCUUCAUCCGAGAGCCUCCGCAUUCUUGCGAAGCAGCACCAGGAUUGGCAAGCGGCCCUCGAGUCCAUCCGCGUGGACCUCGACUCAGGGCAGUCUGCCCCUGUGGAAGUUGGAGCGAAUGCUGAGGAUGCGGCAGAGGACGGGAAAGCAGAGACUGCGGUGGAGCCGAGCACGGCUCCUCCGGCCACGUUGAAACCCGAAGGCGAUGCCUCUGAAGCUCGGCUCACUGGAAGUGCCUCAUUCAGGAGCCGCCUUUCCAGCUGGCUGCCCAAGAAGCAGACAGCCCCUCCUCAUAAGACCACAAAGCUCCGCAGCCUGGUUCAGGAAGAGUUGUCACCAACGGAGGAGCGCCCCCCGGCAGGUCCGAGCCAAAAAGCACGUGCCAUUGUGGAAUCCACUUGGUUCGAGUACUGUGUUGGCGCUGUCAUCUUCGCCAACCUCAUCACAAUCGGUAUUGAGGCUCAAGUCUCCCUUGAGAUGGGCCAGGAGUUCGAGGUAGGCUCCUGGGCCUGGAUUGUGGAGCGAGUCUUCUUGAUCUUCUACUGCUUCGAAGCGGGUCUUCGUUUGGCGGCAUUCGGUCGCAACAUUUUACUGGAUGUCUGGUUUCUCUCGGACCUUGCGCUCGUUGUCAUUGGCAUUUUAGCGCUCUUCAUCAUGCCUGCCCUCGCAGGCCAAAGCGAUCCCGUGGCGGUUGAGAAGCUGUUGAUUGUGCGUGGUCUCCGUCUCCUUCGCCUGGUCCGAGCUCUGAGGAUGUUUGAUCACUUCAAGAUCAUGUGGCGCCUGGUAUAUGGCCUGCUUACUGCCGGUCAGACGAUUGUAUCCACCACGACGUUGAUGAUGGUUUCGCUCUUCGUAUUCGGCUGCAUUGCUGUGGAGCUCAUCGCAAAAGAUACCUAUCUCCUGGACUACGAGCCUACCCGCGCGAUUGUUCAAAAGAACUUCUUCGGCAUCGACAGGUCGGUGAUGACUCUCGUGCAGUUCAUGACUUUGGACUCCGUGGCUGGCGUCUACUUCCCCUUGAUCGAAAGGCGACCUUACUUGGCGAUGUUUUUCCUGCCUCUCCUUGUCAUCAUCUCGAUUGGACUGAUGAACUUGGUCACAGCAGCAGUGCUUCAGAACGCAAUGGAGCAUGCUGCUGAAGAACAUGAGGAAGAGAAGCAGGACAUGCGCGUCAAGGUCAAAGAUGCGAUCCCUUCUUUGAUGGACUUGUUCCAAGCUCUUGACAAGGAUGGCAAUGGCACCAUCACGCACAAAGAGCUGGAAACUGUGGACAUUGACGUUUUGCCAAGCAAGUUUCUUCAAGCGGUGCAUGCAGAGAAUAUGGUGGAGUUGUUUGAUCUUCUCGACGUGGAAGAGAGUGGGGAGCUAACCCAAACGGCCUUCAUCGAGGGAGUCCUCAGCUUGUGCAUGCUGGACAUGCCUGUGUCUGCUGUUCAAUCACUGAAGCUGCUCCGUAUGAUUCUCGACGCCUCAAAGAGGAUCGAGUUAAAUUUGCAGCGGAUGACGAUGGUUUAG